AUGGCUGGACCUGCAGAUCUACGGUGCCGUGUGAGGUCAAAAACGCGCUCUCCGCCCGUUCUGAGGGGCUGCUGUAGUAAUGGAGGGGUCACAGUCGGCCAGGUAUUUGAUGCGGAAUGCAUCCUCAGCAAACGGCCCAGAAAGGGAAAGUUCGAGUAUCUGGUCAAGUGGAGAGGGUGGUCGUCUAAGCACAACAGCUGGGAGCCUGAAGAAAACAUUUUGGAUCCGAGGUUACUGGCUGCGUUUCACAAAAGAGAACAAGAGAGGGAGCUUCUGUUCCAGAAAAAAGGGAAGAGGCCUCGAGGACGCCCGCGGAAGAUUCAGCCGCCGGCGCCGGCUGCGACUAAAGACAGCCGCUCCUCGUCCUCCUCGUCCUCCGGCCUCACAUCGUCCGCCUCCUCCUCGUCCUCAGAGGAGGAUGAUGAAGAAGAUCACACGAAGAAGGUGAAGGCGGCGCCCCGCGUCCACCCGGUCCCCCAGAAGAGGCCUCAGAUCCUACUCGCCAAACCCGAUCCGCCGCGCAAGCGUGGGAGGAAGCCGCUGCCCCCCGACCUGAGGGCGCUGAGACAAGCCAAGAGCAGACCGUCUCCCCCUCCCCCUCCUCCCCCUCCUCCGCCACCUCCACGCCACCAC